AUGAGUGGUACCCUUACAUAUCUUGCCCUCAGAAAUAGUGGGUUAGGAGGUCAUAUUCCAAAGAGUUUUGGGGAAAAGAUGUCUGUCCUUGCAGUCCUUGACCUGAGCUAUAAUAGUUUAGGGGGUUCCAUUCCAGAAUCGUUUGGUAACAUGGUCAAGUUAACAUAUGUUUCCCUGGAGCAGAAUCUGUUAGAAGGUCGCAUUCCUGAAGCUUUAGGGAAUAUGUCUAACCUUGAACACCUUGAUCUUACCGAUAAUACACUUGAAGGUGAAAUACCGAAAUCCAUUUGGGACAUAUGCACUUUGCGUGAAUUGUACAUGCCUUCAAACAUUCUUACUGGUGACCUCCCUGACCUUAGUCUAACAUCAUCCAGCUGCACAAAUCACUCUCUGCAGAUGUUGGAUUUACGUGACAACCGAAUCAUGGGGUUAUUUCCUUAUCUUUCAUUGUUCUCCUCUUUGAAGUCCUUGGAUCUUUCCUCAAAUCAAAUAGGUGGAAGUGUACAUCCAAGUAUUGGCCAAUUAUCACAGCUGGAGAAGUUAGAUAUUUCAAAUAACCUUUUAGAAGGUGUCAUUUCUGAAGCUCACUUUUUGAAACUCUCCAAACUAAGGUACUUGGAUUUAUCUUCAAACAAAUUAUUGAUUUUCAAUGUAAGUUCUGCUUGGGCUCCUCCUUUCAGAUUGGAAACCAUAUCCCUUAGUUCUUGUAAGCUGGGCCCUAAAUUCCCAAAUUGGCUUCAAACUCAAGUCAAUUAUUCAGUGCUUGAGAUUUCCAACACAGGAAUUUCAGAUUCGAUUCCCAUCUGGUUUUGGAACACAUCUACUGAAUUUCAUAUUAUGAAUGCUUCUAACAACCAAAUCAGUGGAAGAAUUUCAGAUCUUUCAAUAUCUAAUUGGGGAGCUUUCCCUGAAGUAGAUUUCAGUUCCAAUCAAUUAGAAGGUGCAAUUCCAAUGUUUCUCUUCAAUGUGACAGCACUGCACCUUUCAAGGAAUAAAUUCUCGAACCUCAAUUGUUUAUGUGACGUUAAAGGUCGCGCAGGUUUGGUAUUUUUAGAUAUCUCAUUUAAUCAAUUAUCAGGGACACUUCCCAAUUGUUGGUCAAGUUUAGAUAGUUUGGCACUUCUCAACUUGGCACACAAUUAUAAUCUAUCAGGGAAACUUCCAACCUCCAUUGGCUCAUUGUUGUUCAUUCAGGCAUUACAUCUUGGCAAUAAUAAUUUUACAGGUGGACUACCUUCAUCCUGGAAAAACUGCUCAUGGUUCGUAGCUUUUGAUGUGGGAGAGAAUAACUUGUCAGGACCAAUUCCAAGUUGGAUAGGGGAAAGUCUAACAAAGCUUGCUAUACUUACCAACAAUCUAAGUGGACAAAUUCCUGCUAGGAUUGGUGACAUGAACUCGUUAGAUGCACUCGAUUUGUCAAAUAACCAUUUGCUGGGUCGAAUUCCUCAAGGUCUUGCCCUGAUUGAUGGCAUGGGCGUGCUAGACUUGUCAAACAACAACUUAUUGGGUAAAAUUCCAACAAGAAAUACUGGUAAACUUCAAAGCUUUGAUGCAGAAGCAUACAUGGGGAAUCCUAGACUUUGCGGAGAUCCACUCUCUAACAAGUGUCUAGGAGAAGAGGCAACUCCUCCUCCUAGAUCUACUGAAGAAGCUGGCAACAUUAAUGGAGAAGACACAGACAAGUUUAUAAGCCAAGGAUUUUAUGCGAGUACAGGGAUUGGAUAUGCUGUUGGAUUUUGCGGAGUUUUUGGCACGUUGACCUUCAGCAAGUCAUGGAGGUUUGCAUAUUUCAGACUCUUAAACGAUUUGGCAGAUUGGAUUUAUGUUAUGGCUGCACUGCACAAGGCAAAGUUCCUCAGGACACUCCGAGGUUAUUAG